GUGCACAAUUACUGUCUUGUGACAGCAUCUAUCUAUCUAUCUAUCUAUCUAUCGAUCUAUCUAUCUAUCUAUCUAUCUAUCUAUCUAUCUAUCUAUCUAUCUAUUUUAUUUUGCUUUUAAGUAGUUUUUAUUCUACUUUUAUGAAAAAUGUUGCAUAAAUAGAUGUGUUGGCCUGUUGGGCAUGGUCAUAUUUCUACCCCUUAUAAUAACAUGGGUGUGUGGAUGGGUGUAUAAAAGCUCUGCAGACUUCUGGCUCGCCUCCAGUAGUAUAUUGGAGACAAUAAUAAAUAAAAUACUGCAUAUUUAAAUACCUCGGGGCCAGCUGUCUUUCCUUGCCCCCUUUUUAGAUGGUGAUGCUGAGAUGAUGCAACCAGAGGAGGGGGUAGAGGAUCAUCCGGCCGCUGCUGCUGCCAGCAGAGAGAGAGAGGGGCUGACAUCGGACACCGAUGCUGCUGCCUGCCUGUGCCGUCUGAAGGUGCGGAGAAGCGGACUGAGAAUUAACUCCCAUCGGACAUGAAUCAACGAAUCAAACUGAAAAAUUAGCUGAACCUCAGGUAUGUUUACUGCUUCAGUUUACUGACUGUCUCUUUGCCGGCUAAGCUAACAUUGUUCGCCUGUCUGUAGCAUUGUUAGCAGCCUUACCGUCUCCAUUGUUUACUGACAUUAAAAAGCGGAUAAUGUGACCUAAAAUAAACGCACAGACGUACUUUAGAGUCUCAUCAUCUUCACGGAUUCACUUUGUUGGUUUUGUUUGUCUAAAUAAGUUGAUAUUUAUUGUUUGAGCACUCAAAUCAGAUUGUAGAGAGCUAUCAAGCGGAACAAUUAAGGUAGACCUGCGUUUUAAUGAUUUCAAAUUAAGACUUCACUACAUGUCGACAUGUUUGUCAUAACUGUAUUUUUGAGUUAUAGGGUCGUUAUCAUUAUUGUAAUAACAAUUGGUAUUAGUAUGUUGCAAUAUUUCCUAAAUGAGAGCAGUUGAGGGACUUAAGUGAUAUAAAACUGGGUGUACUUUGAAAGUGUAUCGUACGUAGCAAAUUAACCUGAAUAUCUGCAGUUAUGCUUUUGUUUACUUUGGUAUUAAAUGCAUUCUUGUCUGUGUCAAAAAGAGUGUAAUCCUCUUUCUUCAUAACAUUGUUGAUUCAACGUGCAUUUUCGGUUUAAGAUGAUACGCCUUGCUUACGUGUCUAGCAGAACUUUUAUUUUGAAGGCGUACGAACAAACCGGAAAUAGAACAACUGAAAUUCCCCGAGUGUUUGAAAUAUUUGCUAAGUAGCUAGCAGGGUUUGUAUGAGUGUUUCUAAGUUGUCAUUUUGGUUUGCAGCGAACUUGUCCUGAAGUUUGUUUUCUUUAUAAAGCCAAUUUGUUCUUUAAACUUUAUUUUUUGGGCGCAUGUAUUGAUGAAUAAACACUAUUUGUGACAGUGGGGUGCGUUAGCCUUUGGUGCUGUUUAUGUGGGUGUAGCCGAGAACAAUGUAAAUUUGGCCCCCCGGGAGAGUAAACAUGAACUGAUGCUUCAGCUUGUCAGUCCCCUCUUUGGGUGGCCCAGUUGACAUAUUAUCCCAGAGCUGUGGCCUAUGUGUGUGUGUGUUUGGAAAUGGUCAAAGAAAUUAAUCAUGUGACAAAAUAUGUAGGAGAUGUGCAUCAAUUCAUGGAGUCUGAGAAGGUUAGAAGCACAUGGGUGAAGGGGUUACACAUUUAUUUACAAAAAACAAACAUUUUUUUUUGUUUUAUACAUCAAUUGUGGUAUCUGUGAGCUGCAACAUGAGGUCAAAAACCUCACAUAAAAGUCCACCAUUGUAGUUUAGAGGACUAAUAAAGUCAUAAUAGUAGUUAAGGGGUAAGUUGGGUCAGUGGUUAAACUGAGAAAGUAGUCUCAGAAAGAGUCUGAUGAGAGGAUCAGAGUUUCAGUUCAGAUUGUUGAAAUGUUUUACUUUUUCUUUUCAAAACUACAGCUGUAAAUGUUUUGAAUCACUUAAAGACAUUCUCAUGUUAAAAUGACUUUUUACAAAACAGCUUUUUAGCAGUUAUAUGCAAUAAGAAGAAUUAUUGUACCAGUUGAAUAGCGUAUAAUAUAAUACACAUGAAUGUGAAGUGUUAUUUAGGGAGGAAGAACUUACCCCCCAUUCACAGGCUAAGUUGACCAUAGGAGACCACUUUUAUUGGCAUGCUAUGUUAUCAAGACAGUUCUGUUUACACUCAUUCUGUUGGUUUGCAGGGAUGAACAACAUCUUAAAAUAUAUGCAGAUACACUAGUUAGAGACAAAACUAUGAUUGACUUGAUGUAGUGAUCUGAAAUAUGAAAAAUGGCUCAUCUUACCCCACUCUCCCCUACCCUUUUUUAAUUUUGAGGUUUCUUUUGUAUCUUUAAAAGACCAGCAUUUAUUGACAGACGGUGAAAAUCACUGUUUCAUAAAGAUAACUCUAACUGUGGCAGUGUAAGGUGGGGGUGAGCAUGUGAUAUGUUUUUGUGUGUCUUUGCACUGCAGUGGAGAGCUAAUUGUAAAUGUAGACUCCAGGAAGGAUAGCAAUGGCCUUAGCCAGAGCUAAUAGAGAUCUAAAUGAAAUGAAAUGAAACAACAUCUGAAUGCCUGAGAGGAAAAAGUAGAGCAUAAACUCCAUCAGCUCACCCUGAAGGAGCCAUGAAGUUGUGACCCAGCAUGUCAGAUUGAAAGAUCAUUCCUCUGUACAAGUAGCUUGUCUGUUACGGCCCGAGGGUGACUGACUGGUGCCUUCAUGUCCACGUUAUCCACAGAGUCACCUUUGUAGAGGUUGUUUUUCUUUUUUUUUUUUUUACUGGAGACGCCACCACAGGAAGCUGAUGUUAUGGCAAGGAAGUGCCUCUGCACAGUUAGAGCAUAAAUAGAGGAGAGCAGAGAGAGGGUCUUAACAAGUGAGUCCGACCCCCACCUCCCACCUCCAGUUUUACCCAGAUUUAACUUCACCACAUCGUCUGUGUCCUUUCUCAGUUUCAGUCUUUGUCCGGGUCUCUUUAAAAGAACCUGACAUUCUCUAGUUCCUUUAGUCAGUCUUUAUCAGCUCCAUUGAAUAUAUUAACUCUGUAAUUUAACACUGCAGCUCUAGGCCUUUUAAGUCUAGACAAGUGUUAUUUUCUUCUGACCCGGUGAGAACUUAACCUUUCAACAGACGUACACAAACUUGAUCUAUCUGUGUCCCUCAGUUUCAGUUUUAUUUAAUUGAAGAUUAAGUUCAAUGUUGAAAACUUAACUCUAUAUGGAUAUGAGAAAUGGUUUCAGCAUCACAUAAAUGGCAGUGUGUCUACUCCAAAAAACUCACUUAGGCUGUAUUAAAAAAAAAGUAAUGAAUGACUUCAAUGUUGUGAUUUGUUAUGUAUAUAUGGAUAUGAAAAGGUACACAGAAAACCUUUUUUGGCAGUAGGUUUGCAGAGCCAGAGAGCGAAAGAGAGGCAGCUGCCUCUGCCCCAGUUAGCUGCACUUUUGGUCCCUAGCCUGCAAUCCCAUGUCUAUUCAGAUCCAAUGAAAAGAGCCCUGCCUUAGCGAGCAGCUCUCUGUUUCAGACAUCUGCUUUGACACACAUUCAGCUAUUCAUCGAACUGGCUUGUUGUCGAGUGCCCCACUCAGCCAAACAUCACUGUUAUGCAUAAAGAAAUGCAAAUAAAGGCAUUGCAGAGUCAAGUGUGCAACAACAGAUAAGAACUGGAGAUAAUCCAGCGAGAGGUCAUGACUUAUGACGAUCUAUCUAUUGAUUGAACGAGAAGUUACUUCCUUAGUGGCCUAUUGGAGGAGAUAAAUAGAUGCUGAAACACAUUUUGAGUUCUGUAUGUUUGGUUGUUCCCAGAAGGCUUUUCUUUAAGCCAAAAGUAAGACAGCAUACCCGGUAAGACUGUAGGAGCUGUGGCACAAACAGACUGAAGGACAGCAGCUCUACAGACAACCAUUUAUAGGACUACUGCACAGAUGAUUUAAGAUAACGUGUAUAUGAGUUUGAGGUAACAUGUAGAGGGAACUCUUCAGACAUGAGAAAGUGUUCUCAAAGUACAGCCAUGACAUGAAGUUUCCAAAUAAGGUAAAGCCUGCAGGGAUGGAGAUGAACAUAAAAAGCAGCCUAGUGUUGACCCAAGAGGAAUGGAUCAGUAAAAAAUAGUCAAAGAUCAGUGUCACGAUAGACCGUUAAGAGGUUACACCAUCAGAGGUUUUGUUGUAACCAUAAACGUGCAGAAAUGAUCUAUUAAGCAGAAAAAAUCCACCUUUACAGCACAGAAACAUCAGGGCUGCACAGUCUCUUAACAGCUGAGGAACAUUACGAGCCAUUUCCUCAGCAUGAGGCAGGGGAGAAUGUUUUAUUUACCAGCUGCUUUCUCCAAAUGAACACAUAACUGUCCGUGGUCUGACGGUACGCAACAGAAAUAUAAAGAUUCUGCUUCCUGCAAUGGUGAUAGAAAUUUUAGGAAUAUCUUCACACCUCCAAGUAUCUGAUCCCCCUUAAUAAUACCCAACUGAAUACAACCUGGUCUGAAAAAAUGAAAGACUGAGUGGACUGUGUGCGCUCAGCAACACCUGCACCGAGGACCCCGGCUGACAUCAAUAAGAAAAGCAUUUGUUUUGAAUAUCCUGCAGUCGAGGUUUAGCAGCAGCAGGUUAUUUUGCAUUCAAGAGAAAGUCGAGUGUAUGUGCGUCAGAUGUGAGUAUUGUGCGCAGAUGUCUCCCAGCUCUUCAGAUGACAAACACUGAUUGUUUUUUUUUCGCUGUGUGUGUUUAUUCUGCAGAGAUUCCAGAAAAAGAUGCAGUUGGCCAACAGCAGCACAACUUACUGCUGAUCUGUGUUUGUCUUUAAUUUGAUAUCUAAAUAACAAAACAGCUUCUGAAGACAACAGAGCGUUGGUAUUCAGAGAUAGAUUCUUGCUGGAUUUCCUGUGUGCAGUAAAAAAAACAUCGGCUCACUUUUUCCUCUUCAGAGCCUCAGUGCAAGCAGAGCUCCGAGACAUCCAAAUCUGUGCUAAAGUACUUACUCUUUGUCUCCAGCUGUGUCCCAAAUAGCUUUUCUUCGCAUCAUGGCAUCAAGUCAGGUUCUCUGCAGACCUGGACGCAACAUGUGAACAACACUAAAUAAAGCCCUUAUUGUUUCAUACAAGCUUUUUUUUAUUUGUUUGCAGCCAGUUUCAGCACCUUAAUGUGUGCCAAAUGAUUUUACAGGGUUGCAAAAGCUGCAAUGGACCACUUCAUUACAGACUUUAUUUGAAACAGCUUGAGUGAAAACUCUUGUUUCACCUGUUACUGAUUUUAAUCCACAUUCUGAUGUCCAAUUUUGCCCCCACAUUAAAUCCCACUCGGCCAUGAAGAUUAGCCAGAAACUGUGAGCUGGUUUCGAGAGAAUCUUCCAGAAAAGUUGCUCCAAAUGAUUUCUGAGCUGCUCGGUAUGAAACGAAGCAGAGUGGUUGCCCAGGAGCAGAAAAACAGACAUCAUGUUGGUUUAUCAGAGUUAUGUCAGUCUGAACUUUCACUUUGAUCUGUAAAGGAGAACACGUUUCCUUUUUUGGUGCUCCUGAAUGAUUGAAAACUCCUGCCCUGUCAGCUGAUCCUGAGACCUUAUUAUUAUUUCAAAUUCAAAACGUCUCUAUCUCGCUGUCUGUUACUAAAACAGCUGAAAAAAUCCAACUGUGGACUGAAUGAAAACAAACACAGUAGAGCCAUCUAGUGGAGGGGGUGGUCUGCUGUUUCAGUGUUUGUCUUACAUUCGUCUGUCAUGGGUGGUCUCCCACAGCUGACUUAAGCAGCACUAAAUGUAUCUGCAGAGCAAACAGAAUAAAAGUGUCCAUUUUUUUGUUAAUAAUUUGAAGCUCAUAUUCAGUUAAAAAACAGAGCUAAAAUGAUAUUUACUUGCAUUAAACAUUGGCAAUACUCGUUAGAGUUCAGAAUAAAAGCCUUCCCAUUUGUAUUCAGCAUUUUUUUUUUUUAAUUAAGAGAAGGAAAGUAUAAUAAAGAAGGUUGUGAACUUUCAAAACAUGUAAAGUGAGAACAAAUGUAAAAUAUAGAUGUGUUUCAGUUCUGGGAGCCAAACUAAAAAAAGCUUUAAAAUAGAAAAUAAUUAAGAGCUUUAAUUUAGAGUGAUAGUUAUUUUGUUGUGUUUUUGUUUUGUAUUUAGUUUUUUUCUUUAUUUAUUUUUUUCUGUUUGCUGAUAUUCUGGGAUAUCUUAUGGUUUGUUUAGGAGAGGUAUAAAGAAGCCUUUGGGCUUCAGCCCGCUCCUUUUUUAGUUAAUGAUUGUGUGGAGGAUAUUGUCUGAAAUCAGAGAGAACAAAAUUUUUUGUUUUGUUUCAUAUUUUCUUUUUGAUAGUUUUAGAUUCACACAAAUUGUUAUGCUUUGUGGUCAUAAGGUAAUUUAUAAUCAAAAUAAAUUGAAUUUAUUCAUUCAUUCAUUCAUUAAUGCUUCCUUUAACAGAACUACAUCAAGGUUUAGGAAUUGAGGAGACUAGUGUAGAACAUUAAAUGUGAGAUCGUGGACUUAUCUGAUACAGAUUUUGGGCCGAUUCAGAAUCUCUGAAUCUUUUUAGAGAUUUUUAAAUCAUGUCUUAAAACUCAUUUUUAUAGACUUGUUUUUAUCUGAUUUUGUCUUCUUUAAAACCUUUUACUUUUCUUAUUCAUGUUUUAUAAUCAUCCCCCUGGUCUCAGGUAUUUGUGAUUGGGUUCCUGUGUUGGCUGGGUAUCACAGGUUCUUAUAACGUCUUUGUUUUAAUGUCUUCAUUUCAAUGACGUCUCAACUCUUGUGGCACUCAUCAAAGCUUUUAUAUCUUCCACUGAUUUUAUUUUAUCUUAUUUCUUUCCUGCCAGUAAUGAGACAUGAUGACAUGUAGUCUGAGUUUUAGUGGUGUCAAGGCUCCGUCACCCAAGUGUUCUCUUGUUGUUGUUGUUGUUGUUUUUAUCUUCGCUGUUUUCCUGCAUGUUAAAGCACUUUGUAACUCUUGUUUUUAAAAGUGUUAUGUAAAUUAAGUUAUAAUUAUUUUAAUAGUUUUACGUCCUGAAGAUGAUGAAAUCCACAAAUUCAGUUCAUAUGUACGUUUAGAUGAUUUGACAACCACACUUUUGUUCCUUCUCUGUGUGUCCAGAUCGAUUCGUCAAUGUAUCGGCAUCAGAGGGCUCAGCAUGAAGAAGUCGGUCCGACCAGUGGUGACUAAGGCGAGCGGAGACCGAGGGAAGGCAGAGGCCGCGACUACCACUGGAAAGUCUGUGGCCAAGACCAGCACCACUGCGCCUCUGUCCAAAGUAAGACGUGAUGAGUGUUGAAAUAAAACAAAGGUGAAUUCAGGCUCUUCGAGUUUGAACUUUAAAUCACUUUUUUUUUUGUGUUUCCAGGUUAAAAGCAACGAUGAUCUCUUAGCAGCUAUGGCCGGAGGAAAUCCUGCAUCAAGUAGUGCUGUCACCAAAACGAAGAGGACUGCCUCUGUUGGGACUAAUGCCAGCAACCUGGACAGCAAGCCAAAGACAACAUCAAGUUUGUCUUUUAUUAAAUAUUUCACACUUUGACAUUUCUUCAUCUUCAUCAGAAACGUGACAGUAACAGAUCUUUCCCUUCUCAGGUACUUCAUCCAAACGUACAACAUCUUCAAUAUCCAAGGAGCCAAAUUCAUCACGAGACCGUCUUCGGACUUCCAGGACCUCGACCAACAAAAAGCAGUUGGUUCCAGGGACCGCAGCUGGAGAUGCGGCCUCAGGGAAGCGAUCCCGCAGCCAGAUACUGGUGGAGUCUGAAGGCCGCAUGAGCAAGUCUAAAUCAGAUGGUCAGAUCAGUGAUAAGGUGGCUCUGGAGGCAAAGGUGAAAGACCUUCUGGGUCUGGCUAAAAGCAAAGACGUGGAGAUUCUCCACCUUCGAAGUGAGCUUAGGGACAUGAGGGCCCAGCUUGGCUUGGGAGGGAAGGAGGAAGAGCCGCAGGAUGGAGCAGGAGAAGAAGAGAAGCCCCAGGUUUCAGCCAUCACAGCGGCUGACGUGGAGUCCACUCUGAUUCUCCUGCAAGAGCAGAACCAGGCCAUCAGAGAGGAGCUCAACCUGCUGAAGAGCGAGAACCGGAUGUUAAAAGACCGGCUCAACGCCCUGGGCUUCUCUCUGGAGCAGAGGCUGGACGCUACUGACAAGCUUUUCAACUACGCCUCCCUGAGCCCAGACCUGGCAGCCUGCAGCGUGCAGAGCGAUGGCGGGGGAACAGGGACACUCACCUCCUCAGUUGAAGGCUCUGCGCCUGGUUCUUUGGAGGAUCUGCUCACAGGACACCAGCAUGGCGGCUCAGCUGACAACCUGGACAGCGAGUCUAGCGAGGUCUAUCAGGCGGUCACCUCCAGCGACGACGCCCUGGAUGCCCCCUCUGGAGCUUCAUCCUCAUCGGAGUCUGAGUGCGCGCCCAGCAGGGACCGCUCACGGAGGGGCAGCAGCGGCAACGCGAGCGAGGUGUCAGUGGCGUGCCUGACGGAGCGCAUCCAUCAGAUGGAGGAGAACCAGCACAGCACGGCUGAGGAGCUCCAGGCCACCUUACAGGAGCUGGCCGACCUGCAGCAGAUCACCCAGGAGCUCAACGGAGAAAACGAGCGGCUGGGUGAAGAAAAGGUGAUCCUCAUGGACUCUCUGUGUCAGCAGAGCGACAAGUUGGAGCUGUACGGCAGACAAAUCGAGUACCUGCGCUCUCUGCUCGAGGAACAUCACAUAUCCUACGUGCUGGAGGAGGACAUCAAGAGCGGACGCUACAUGGAGCUGGAGCAGCGCUACGCAGACCUCGCAGAUAACGCCCGCUUUGAGAGAGAGCAGCUGCUGGGGGUUCAGCAACACCUGUCCAACACUUUAAAGAUGGCCGAGCAGGACAACGCAGAAGCCCAGAAGAUGAUCGGAGCGCUGAAGGAAAGGAACCACCAGAUGGAGCGCAUCAUGGACUCGGAGAGACAGGACAGAGCCGCCAUGGGGGCCGCGCUGGAAGAGUACAAGGCGGCGGUGAGCAACGAUCAGGCGGAGCUGAGCCGCUGCAGAGCCCAGCUGGACCAGGAGAGGCAGAGAGUGGCCGAGCUGUACUCUCUCCACACCGCGGGGGAUAAAAAUGACAUCUGCCAGCUGCUGGAAGGGGUACGGCUCGGGAAAGAGGAGGCAGAGGCCAAGGCGGCAAAGUUGCAGAAGGAGCUGGAACAAGCUCACAGCGAUUUCACGAGGCUGCAGGAGACUUUCGGCAAGGUCAGUCUGAGAUGUCCUGAUUCGUGAGAGUGUGAGGCGUCAGUCCUGGAAAAUGUCGAGAGGAGCGUUGAUCAGCUGACUGCUUCGAGCUUGUUAAUAAAAUAAUGGAUGUCCCUCUUCUUGUGUGUGUGCAGCUGGACAGGGAAUACAGAGACUUCCAGGAGCAGGUGCAGGAGCAGAUGGCCGAGCAGGCGCGCGCUCUGGAGAAACAGCGCGUGGAGCUGCAGGAGAAAGAGACUGAAAUCGCCGAUAUGAAGGAAACCAUCUUCGAGCUGGAGGAUGAGGUGGAGCAGCACCGAGCUCUGAAACUCCACGACAACCUCAUCAUCACAGACCUGGAGAGUAAGUGGGCUGGACAGGUGGAUUUUUGACUUUGUAGGGUAGGUUUUAGACGCCAUCACGUUUCCUUAAACAGGCAGCCAGGAUUAUGUGAAACAAAACCCAGCAUGUGAGGCGUGUUCCACCUCUUUGUAGGUGUCUAGAUCAGUCAGAUGAUCAUUUCUUCAGCUUAUAAAACCUCCUCAGGAACUGAUAAGUUAUGUCAUGAAGACCAUUUCAGCUUUUUAUGCACUCUGUGGUGAAAAAAGGAUCUAUUCUGUGCGUUAUGAAGUGACUCUGCUCUUUUCCUCUGCAGACUCAGUGAAGAAGCUGCAGGACCAGAAGCAUGACAUGGAGAGAGAGAUUAAGAUUCUCCACCGCAGGCUGAGGGUAAGACCACAUUUCUCACUUUGCACAUGAAGUCGAUGUGUUCUCACGAUUCAGGACACACAGCUUGGUUUCGGUGGUAAAGGUGCCAAGAUGGAGGAGGAAGGGUGAUCGUCUCUGGCAAGCAAGAAGUUCCCGUAACUACCUCCAGUUAGUCUGAGAACUAAGACUCAGAUUGUUCCGGUUUAUGAGCCUAAAAUUUGUCUAUCUCAGAUGUUUCAGACUGUUAUUAAACUUCAAUAACUCUUAAAUAUUUACGAUAAAUAGAGAUAGAUCUGUGCUGCUGUCAUCUCACAAGAGUGUGUGCAUGUGUUUGAGUGCAGGAGGAGUCGAUGGAGUGGCGUCAGUUUCAGGCCGACCUGCAGACGGCCGUCGUCAUCGCCAACGACAUCAAGUCAGAAGCUCAGGAGGAGAUCGGAGACCUGCGGCGCCGGCUACAGGAAGCCCAGGAGAAGAACGAGAAACUGAGCAAGGAACUGGACGAGGUCAAGAGCCGCAAGUAAGAGCGGGAGAAACCCGGGAGAGCUCUGGCGGUCACACUGACCUCCGCUGUCUUGUAUUUGUAAACAGAGAGAGGAAAGAUUGAACUUGAGCUCAUUAGAUGAUGAACUUGGAUGUUACUAGGAAAGUUUGAAUUCAUCCAUCAUUAAUGAAUCCCACGUUAACUCUGAGUGGACUUGUGCAUGUUUGACAGGCAGGAGGAGGAGAGAGGCCGAGUGUAUAACUACAUGAACGCUGUGGAGAGGGACCUGGCCGCUCUCAGACAGGGGAUGGGUCUCAGUCGACGGUCCUCCACCUCCUCAGAACCCUCUCCUACUGUCAAAACACUAAUCAAGAGCUUCGACAGCGCUUCCCAAGGUACGGCACGGUCACGAGCCGCUCCACUUUUGGAGUAUUUUUCUGUGAAACUCAUAUAAACAACUGAAUGUCUGUUUGCUCAGGUCCAACCCCCAGUGCUACAAACGGAGCCGCUGUGGCUCCAACAGCCUCAGCGGCUCCGAUGCCACGCACCCCGCUCAGCCCCAGUCCGUUGAAGACGCCUCCAGCAGCUGCUGUUUCACCCAUACAGGUACAGGUUUCCACAGUUCCCUCUUAACCGCUGUCACCUCAACAUUUCACAACUUUGAGCUUUACCGUUCACAGUAGGGCUGGGCGAUAUCAAUAUCACGAUAUAUUGAUCAGUUCACCUCGAUAAUGAUAAAUGGACGAUAACUACUCCACAAGCUGCUCACCUCCUCCCACAUUAACUUUGUUUCCUUCAGCUGCCAAAACUUUUGAACUGUCCUCCAUCUCCUCACCUGUCUUUUCCUCUUUGUUAAGGACUGGAUGGGGUGGAGUCAAGUCUCUAACGUAGGAUCUCAAAGGGACAUAAGACCAUAGCCUACUUACACACAUCCAAAACCAACUUUUUUUACCGUAUUUUUCGGGCGAUAAGGCGCACUGGAUUAUAUGGCACUCUGUGAAUUAACGUGUCUACAUUCACACAUAAGGCACAUUAAACAUUGAUUGGUUUAUUGUUGCUAGCGCGUAUUACGGGCUCGGGCUGCCUUAUAUGAAUGCACUUCUAGUUUAGACAUUACAGUCAGGCAGUCUUGUAGACUGCUUAGGAGUCCUGUUACAGGGCUGAUCAGGUAGUGACAUAGCGUACCAUAAUGCCCCGAAUUUCCAUUGAGUGGAGUAACUUCGUCGCUUACCAAAGUCGUACUUUACACAUUGCGACAGCACAUUGUACCACAUAAAAUCGGUCAGUAAGCACAAGUAAUCAUACACAGAGGCGCGCUGUCAAUUUUUGAGAAAAUUUAAGGAUUUAAGCGCGCCUUUAUAGUACGAAAAAUACAGUAUUUAUUUUUUUGACACCGAAUAUAUUGACAUGGGCAAAAUUACGUCGGUCAUUGUCGUCAAUUUUGGUAUCGGUAAAUCUUCAGUUUAUCGCCCAGCCCUAGUUAACAAUAUAUUAAAAAAGUCCUGGUUUUUACAGAGACAGAGCUCAGCAUCAGGCAAAAGCUUUAUUGGCUUCAUUAUGAAUGAGUCAGCAGUUAAGGUUACUUCAAUCUAGCAGAAGUAGAAGAAUUAUCCAGUGGCAACAGAUCCAUAAAUAUUGUUUUUUUUUUUUUUAGUAGCAUUUUUGUCUUUAUCUGAAAUUUUAAAAGACUCCAGGUCCAGGAAAGGCCACUACAAGGAGGGCUGUAGCUUCCAUACAUUAAGUGUUUUGUUGGAACCACAAGGCUUCAUGCCGUCCCAGGACUUUUAAAUCAAAGAUCACAAAUUUUGAUAUCCCCUGUUUUCUUCUUCAACAGCUUCGUUUUGCUAAUGCACUUUUCAUCCUGAUGAUUUGGUUGUUGAAUUUUGCUCUUACAGAGACACUCCAUCAGUGGGUCCAUGUCUGCAGCCAAGCCGCUGUCGUCUCUGAGCGAUAAGAGGCCGAGUUAUGCAGACAUCAGCAUGCCAGGUGAGAAGACUGUCGCAGUCGUUCAAAUUUACAUAACCUACUAAUGAUUACAGCUUCUGUAUUUCACAUCCUUUUUCUCAGAAUGUAGAUCUAAACCUUCAGAUAAGUCGAUUAUUGUGGUUCACACCUCGCAGUCGCAGAAAUAUAAAUGGACCGUGCAUUUUCUCAUGAGAAGUAACGCGUCUGUUUUUUCCCAGAGGCCCACAGUUGGGAAGUCGCAGGUUGGCUGUGCGUAGACUCCAUGUUUAGUUAGUCCAAACACUAGAGGGGGCGAUUAGAGGGGAAUAAUGAGCCGUCACAUUACGCACAACGUUCCUCAGUUAAUUCUCACCAGUCCGAUGAGUGGGUUCAAGUGUUGCGUGUGAACGUGCAGACUCAACCAUAGCUUCCGAUGCUCCUCUCAUUUUUCAGUGAUUUAUUGUUUUCUCGCUAAGUGAGGAAGCUAGUGCGUCGGUCUUCCCUGAACUCAGAAGGGCUGGAAUGUGGCUCUUUACUGACCCGGUUACAUCUCACUGCAGAGGAAGUCUCUUAUGAAAACACUCUUCUGAAUGUGAUGUAAAUACUUUGUUGUAUCCACACAGCUGAGCACCUUCUCAGGGGAGCCUCAGCCAGCAGGCCUCCAUCUGCCCUCCAAAGGGUCUCCAACAUGGACUCCUCCAAGACAAUCUCAGGUUAGAGGUGCCAGUUUUAUGACGCACACAUGUGGAAAAACCUCGUUUCUGAUUGGACGAGUCUAUAACUGUGUGGUUUGUCCUGGACAGUGUCCCGCCGGAGCAGUGAGGAGAUUAAGAGGGAUAUGUCAACCACAGAUGGGACCUCUUCCUCCUCUCUUAUGGCCAUGAGUGCCGCCUCCUCCCCGCUCUCCCUCUCUUCCUCCCCCACAGCUUCUGUCACCCCCACAGCACGCAGCCGCCUAAGGUACUGACUGACCUGUGCGGUCUGAAAAACAUGCUCACUUAAAGUCAGUUUCACCAACGACCCACAGACGUUUCCUCAGCUUAUUUAUCAAACAUGAACACGUACGAUCAGGUUGUUUGAUGACGUGACUUUUGGCGCCUCUGACAGGGAGGAGAGAAAGGACCCUCUGUCGGCGCUGGCCAGAGAGUACGGGGGCUCGAAGAGGAACGCUCUGCUGAAGUGGUGCCAGAAGAAGACUGAGGGUUAUCAGGUGAGUCAGAGCUGCACAGGAUGAGUUUUAGAUUCAGAUUCACACAACUUUAUUAAUUAAUUCAUUUCACAGUAACCCACCUUGUUAUUAAACGAUCAAGAAACAGACAAAUGCCAGACAUUCACCGCAGCAUAUGGCCCAAACAUUCCCCUGUACCAGCACCACAAAUCAGCAAUGAAUAAAUAGAUAGAUAACAAGUACGUUCAACAGUGGGAUGACUAAAAUGCAAAAAGAAAUAAUGCGAUAAAAGAAGUGAAAUAAGAACUAAAACAAUCCUGAGACCCCACUUUCAACACAGGCCACCAAUCAGCUACUUCCCAGCAUUUAGCAGCCUGAUCGCUGAGGGGAUAGAUGAGUUGGAGUACCUAUUUGUUUUCCUUGGGGGAGCAUAGUAGCGCCGCCCAGAGGGCAUAAGAGAAAAGUCAGAGAAGAAAACGUGUCCAGGCUGGUCCAUGAUUCCUCUGGUUGUCUGGACGACUCGUUUCUCCCAGAGAGAGCUCAGGUCCAUCAGCUGUACUCCAGUAAUUUUGGAAGCUAUGUGUGAGUUUAAAAGCAGAAGUUUGGGUGUCAUUUCUAACAAAAGACAAAGUUAACUCUCAAGGGUCAUGUUCGCUGAGAUAGUUCCAACAUAAGCGCAGGUUUUAUCUCAAAUUACAGCUGAACUUGCACCUGACUGAAUAGACUUUAGCACCCACAGGUCAUUAUGGUUCAUCGGUGUGAAAAAUGGGAUGAAUAGAAGAAGGAGGAGGAGGAGAAGCGCAGGGUUUAGGUGGCCCUAUGGCUGAUUAUCAGGCCGAUAUUUGGAUGAUUAUCGAUUGACUAGUCAGCUUCACAGAGCUGUAUAAUAUUGGUUCCGUACACUCCUCUAGUCAAGAUGAACCUCAUGUCAGCCUGAUGCGAGUAAAAGGUUACGCCUCGGUCCUCUUGGUUUGGCAUCAGCAGAAGUUGGUUACAGCAAGUGCAGAUCACGACCACAGAGCCUGUAAUUUUGAGGAUGACAAACACUCCUUCUGGAGCACUUUGCUUUUCCAAGAGGAGGAGAAACCAGCUGCUGGAUUAUCAACAAGAGACUGUGUAAAACAGAAGUUAAACAUGUACCAACUUCAGAAAAAAAGAAGUUUGUUUGCAGUUAGAGUCUCAUUAUUUUAUGUGGACUCUUAUUUUCUCUUCACAUUUAACUACAACCAGAAAUAUGUAACACUUCUGCUGUCAGAAGUUGCUCAAUUUGACUUUAAUCUCAUUUCCAUACACACUUUUGCUUUCACUGUGAGGUUUACAGCAUGUUGGGUUUGCUUUGGCAGAAACUUGAAAACAGCUGUCAUACAGGGAGACGAGCAAACAGUGCCGGGACACUAAAGGUUCCUGCAGGAAAAUGACAACCUGGAGUGAAAGAGUAAAACGUUUAUUCUUCAGUUGGAUCUGUUUCCACGUUAGAGAGAUUAAUGUCUGAGCGAAAAUGACAGUCAAUGAGCGGAGAGCGGAGAUUCGCUCUCCGAACUGCAGUCAUGUUUACCUCGCUGAACUCAUGCACUGUAGGUUACGGUUACCAUGGCGCUUUUGGUCCUCUCCAGGAAGUGUGCAACAUUUAGCACAUCCUGUGUGUUAUACGUGGCAAAAACAUCAGGCUUUCUGAUAAUCAUUUCAUACGAUCAAGAUCGUCCCUCUGACACUGAGUCAUUACAGUCCAGUAACAUAAAACUACAGUUUACAGAUUUACUGCCUCAGCAAAUGUCAGCCUGCUGAAGAUUAUAAAUGUGAUAUAGCUGAGAAGAGUUGAUACCUCAUAUAAAACCACAGGACUGACACCAGAGUCUCGGUCUAAAUCAUUUUAAGGAGUUUCAUGACAGCUGAAUUUACUGUCACCAUGAUACCGUUGGAGGUGUUGUUGAAUGCCGGUGAUGCACAGUGGCUCAGAGUGACAUUAAUGACCUGAGAUGAAAUGUUGUUCUCUCUAGACUCAGCGAAUUGAAUUCUCAUUGUUCUGAAUGUUCUGAUCAGUUAAAGCAAAGUGUUAAUAUCUUAUCACUUUGUUUUCAGAACAUCGAUAUCACAAACUUCAGCAGCAGCUGGAAUGACGGACUGGCCUUCUGCGCUGUGCUGCACACCUACCUGCCCGCACACAUUCCCUACCAGGAGCUCACCAGCCAGGAGAAGGUUUGCAGAUCUCCAAGAAAGCCCCCCGGCUGAGUAGAUAAUUUCUGUUAGAUGUAAAGUGUUAUUCCUCUGUGUGACUGUGACUCACUUUUUUCUACAGAGGAGAAACUUCACCUUAGCCUUCCAGGCGGCAGAGAGUGUGGGCAUCAAAUGCACUUUGGUAAGUCUUCAUACCCUCCUGAGACUCAUGACUCAUAGUUAACUUAUUUUAAAUAGGUAGGAGUAAAAACUACACUGUGUGGAAAAAAUACAGAACUAACCAGUUUUAUCAUUAUGCAUUAGGGCUGGGCGAUAAACCGAAAAUUUACCAUGACCAAAAUUUACGAUUAUAACCAAUGUAGUUAUCGUUAUCGAGGUGAACUGCUCAAUAUAUCGUGAUAUUGAUUUGAGGCCAUAUUGCCCAGCCCUAUCAUUGUCCAGAUGAGAGUAUAUCUUACAUCAGUGGUCUUCUAUCAUCAUGGUAUAGGAAUGCAUAAGCUGAAGGUCUACAAACAGGUUGAUAACAAAUUAGGGGUCCCUCUCCUGUCCAGAAUUCACAGGUAGUUCUGGUUCAGGAUUACAAAGUUGUCCUCUUUGCAUGGUGCAGUUUUAACCUGCAUUUAUGGAUGAAUUAACAAACUUAGUUUCUGGUUGUGGCUUGGAGACCCAUGCAGUGACUUCCUCUACAGAGUCCUGUCUAUUUUUAAGCUGUGCUGCCUGAUUCUUGAUUUUUGGCUUUAAAGAUUUCUUCAGGUUCUUCUUAUGAUGUCGGUGUAGAUGACUUAACCUGUAAAUUCUCAGAAAUCGUUGAAUCAUGUCCUCAUGAUGUCUCUCACAGGAUGGUGAACUUCUUUCUGUGUUAUGUCCCGAGAGACUCAGCUUCUCUGAAAUGUUCUUUACUGCACAGUCAUGUUGCCUAAUAAACCCAAUAAGAUGUUAAAUAGAUGUUUUCAGCAUUUUGUUGUCCUUGUUUCGACUUUUUUAAAAAGUGUUGCCAGCAUCAAAUUUAAAAUGAGCAAAUAUUUUUCACAGAACCAUGAAAUAAUUUGAUAUGUUGUCUUUCCUCUAAUUUCAGUCAAAUAAAGGGUUUAAAGGAUUUUCAAACUCUUAAAAAAUCUGUUUUUAUUAAUCAAUAUUUUAUGGUGUUUAAACAUAAUUGAAUCAGAGUUUUAGUUUCUGUGUUUAUGUAUUUAUUUCACUGAAAUGCCUUUGUAACUCAUGAUUGAAACACAGUUUAACCACAGACAUUACUCAUUUUAAUCAUUAACCAGAGCUGAACUGUGGUUGAUUUUGCAUUUGCUGAGUUUGUCAUUGUUAGUUCUGCUUUCUGCCUCAUAAACUUCCAUAAUCUGUGUGAGCAGUAACGAACCCCGAGCUGUGCUGCCAGAAUCAACUCCAGUUUCUUACACAUAAAAACUUGUUGUUGCCUUUUAUUUAAAGCCUUUACAGAGUUUAGAUGAAUACCUGAAAUCUACUCAAUUUUAUUUUGUGUACUGUGCUUUUUUGAAGUGAGUAGAGAGGUUGAAACCACAUUUGUCUUUUCAGGGCUUCAAACCUUUGAAUUACCAUAAGAAAUGAGCAGAUUUUGUUACGAUUUAUUGUCAAAACAAGCCCAAUUUGAGUCGCACUUUCCCUCUGUAACUCUGUCUCUCUCUUCUGCAGGACAUAAACGAGAUGGUGCACACAGAGAGGCCUGACUGGCAAAGUGUCAUGACUUAUGUCACAGCCAUCUACAAGUACUUUGAGACCUGAUCUCGUCACUUCCUCCACCCCGCUCUUGCAGCACAAUCAGGGCCACGCUUGUCCUCCUGAGCUCCUCCACGGUCAACUCUUACCUCACCUUCCUCCUACGCCACAGCAAAACACCCAGUCACACACGCUGCAUGCCGGUUCCUCAUAUAUACUGCAACAGUUAAGGCCGACCAGAACCUCCCUGGACGCAAACAUACAGCUACUCUCGUUUGUGUAGAGUUGUAGUCCAAGGGCUUGCCUGUGCAUUCACUGUUAGUAACUCUGAUGAGAGCCUGAAGAAUCAGUGUGAAGUGACAAUCCUUCAGAUGAUCCGUCUGAAGAAGAAGCAGCAUGUAAAAGAAACCAAGUCUCAGUGCCUUCUACCUGGCCAAUAAUAUGACGUCACACUUAACUCUUUUCCCAGGGAUUAAAGGGGAAUUCCUGCUAAUCUGACUGAACAGAUCACAAAGUUUUUUCUUCCAGAAAUUCUUCAGAACAUCAAACCAAAAGUCAGCGACGACCCCGAAGAUUCAUCGAGAGGAAUUCAAAUUAAAGCAACCUUUUUUUUUUUGCACCAAGUCUUCCAGAUGUUACCGUUCGAUACAGAUGCCUCUCCUCUAAUGCAUAAAGUGCCUGUGUGAGUUUUUUGAUGCAGGAUAUCAGGAUGUUAGCUCCGUCUGCGGGCUCAUCGUCCUCGGAGGCGUCGUAUUUUUGAAACACGUCGUGAAGCUGAAGAGCCGAGGAGUUGUUGCCAAAUAUGUUUCAGAGCCUUGUUAUCGUCGGUUAUCAGGACUCACUGACGCUGCUGCGGACAGCCACUACAUCAACAUCUCAUCACGAGCUGUUUUUCAAGCACAGAAGUAUGCUCCAUGUUUCUGCGACACUACUACACGUUUUCGGAGCGGCACUGACGCACUCGUCUUAACAUUAAACUAACAUUCGUUCAGUGUGUUUGGAGUUGAACACUAAACUGUAAACUAUGAGUGUUUGCAUUUUAUAGGCCUGCAGCUGCCAUCUUGCACUUAGACUUCUUUCACUGGGCACAUACAGUGCACAGCAUCAUUUCACCUUAACCACAGGCUGAGUGAGGAGCGUUAAGUUAUGUUUUGAUUAUUUUAAAUUAACAUGUAAAGUCUGUUCAUAUCAGAGAGCCUUAAAUUUACACCUUUAGAAACAGUGUCUCAUAUCUAAUCGAGUAUUUAAGAACCAAGUGAGACAAGAUUGUUCGAUUAAAACACACUUUAAAGGGUCAUCAUUAAAGGACUAGUUCACUCAUUUCUAAGUGCUUAAUCGCUUUCUUAUAUGAAUGUGAAGAAUAGAUGUAGACUGCAUUGAUGCCAUAGAUUAGCACAGAUGUUGGAAACAGGAGGAGAGAGCUGACCAAACCCCUGAAUUUCCUCCACUUAAGCUUAAUCAAAGUUUGUGACAGAGUCAUGCCAGCUCUCCUCCUGUCUCUGAGUCUGAAUUUGAGGCUAAGCUGAUCCUCUGCAGGCUCUUCAUCCAUGUUUAGCAUUUAGACUCUCCUCUCAUCUAAAACUCGGCGAGACGGUGAAUGGAUAUAUUUUUCCAAAAAUGUUGAACCGUAUCUUAAAAGCAUCGAUUAAUGAUUUUGCCUGUACGAGUAAUCUGAUGAUGGAAUGUGCCAUGACUUCUCGUGUGUGUUUUUGCGGUCACAGUUUUAGACAUUCAAAAUAUCACAAACUGUUUUCUUUUUUAUAACUCGGUGUUGUUUCAUUUGACAGAUUCGAUUUUGUUGUUUUUGCAGGUAACCCUUCAUGUCCCCGUUUAUAGUAUUAGAAACCUAAAUAAAUGUUUUUGAAGCUCUAUAAUUGGAACUUUAAAGACACCCUCAAGUCCAGCAGCUGUUACUCGCCAUUUUACACGCUGGCAACAACACAAACAUUUAUCAAAUUCACAUAUAUCUAUGUACUGCUCAUCGGUUGUUAAUUUGGGGGACUUGUAAGUGUUGCCAUAAAGUGACGGUCUCUGUGUUCAUUGUGCCUCGACGUACCAAGUUCACUGUAUUUAUUUGCAUGGUUUCCAAUCAAAGUAGUGAGGUUAUUCCUUUAUUUAAUUCACAUACACUUAAUAACUGCACUGAGAUAAUAAGCUUUUUGUAUCCUACACUCAUUUCUUGCCUUAACCGUGUAGCCAGAGCUCCUGCGAGUAAAAACUGUGACAUUUUGAACUGCGGUUUUCAAAAGUUCUCCUUGAUUGUGCCUCCUGACGGUAAAAGUAGUGAGGGAGGAUCCUGCGCAGGUUUUUGAGGGUUGAAGCUGGUUGAAAUUCACACAGUUUUGAUUUGUGUUGGACGAAGCUGCCUGACUUUAUCUGUGUCAACAUGAAAAAAAAACAAGAUUGUAGUCUAGACGUAGAAGAAGCACAUCCUUCCGUGCUGUUUGCAGAGCCGCAUCAGCACACCGUGUACAGCUGCAGAGACAUUCAGUGAUUUAGAGUCAGCACAAAGCCUGCAACAGUGAGUUUUCCCUUGUUGUGUGCGAGCGAGUGAAAAUGCAUAUGACAGCGUUGGCUCUGUAUAAGAGGGGGUGUGCGAUAUCAUAAUGUGGGGAUAUCGUCAGCCAACACUUUUAUUGUGUUCUGCUUGAUUUCCCCACUCAGCCUCGUCGUUUUACGGCUCCUAACAGGAAUGUGUGAGAACUCCAGAACGGUUUGAAUCCUCUCCAUACUGAAAGUGGAAUGUGUUUUGAUCACCGUAGCGUAGUGUAGUGAUUGUGGGGACGUUACGAGGUCCACAGUGAUGGUUUAAUGUUGAGACCGGACGUCUGGAGAAAGCUGAGAAGCACAUUCCACCUCCAGAUGAUGGAGCUGUGAGUGACAUGUUAACACUGUUUGAGAGCUGAGAUGAUGCUCUUUAUCAGGAGGAGCGAAGAAUAUGUGAACAGUGCAUUAACUCUCCUUUGGGUUCUCUUCAUUUAUUUGACUUUGGUUUACUUGAAAUGCUCUGAGAAUUCCACUGAACCUGCUUCGUUUUUUGUUCGUGUUCGUCUCCAUGUUGCCUUUUUCGCUCCGUGCCACAUGUUGUUUCCGGUGUGGAGUUUGUUUUUGUUUUUGGUUUUUUUCUGAUCACACUAAAUGCAGUGCUGAAAUGGUCCCUGAGCAAAGUUCAAGCUAAAUGAAAAAUGUGUGUUUGUGAGUUUGUGUGUGAGUGUGUGUGUGUGUCUAAAGGGACUAAGCUAUGGUAUUAAGUUCACACUAUGAUGAUAAUCAGUUGUCCAAAAAUGCUGUCUGGUUUUAUGUUGCUUUAUUUUUUCUGACUAUAGUAUUAAAGACCAUUGAAACAGCCAU